CUCUCUGUGAAAAUUGGGUGUGUCUAACAGGAAGAGCGAAGUAACGUUUCUCACAGGUAAAGCUUUGUGUUACAUCAUGGACCUUUUAAAAAGAUUCUAAUGUAUGUUUUCCAGAAAAUAAUGAAUUUCAGAAAAAAAUGUAUUGGAGGGAAAUACAAUGCGAGACUGAGAAGAACAGAGAUUUGAGAGGAGGUUAAAGAGGCUUUUUUACCUGCCAUUUGAGUAACAGCAAUAAGUGAAACUGAAACCUAAGCUACUGGAUUUAGCAGAAAUCAUUACUGAACUCAGAACAGUCUGAGACAGAAUGGCGUCUGGAUCUUCUCUCGUGGAAGAGGAGCUCUCCUGUCCUAUGUGCUCUGAAAUCUUCAGGGAUCCUGUUGUCCUGAGAUGCAGUCACAGCUUCUGUAAGGCCUGUCUGCAACAGUACUGGGAACAGAAGGGAUCUCGGGAGUGCCCAGUUUGCAGGAAAAGAUUUAAGCAUGAACCUCCUCAUAACCUGGCCCUGGGGAAUGCCUGUGAGGCGUUCUUGAAGGGGAGAAGUCAGAGAACUAAAGCAGGAUCUGAAGUGCUCUGCAGUCUGCACAGUGAGAAACUCAAACUCUUCUGUUUGGAGGAUCAAAUACCCGUCUGCCUUGUCUGCCAAACUUCAAAAAAACAUGAAAACCACAAAAUGCGACCAGUUCAGGAGGCUGCAGAAGAGUGUAAGGAGAAACUAAGGACUGCACUGGCUCCACUGCAGGAGAAGCUUAAAGCCUUUAAUGCAGUGAAACUAGUCUGUGAUCAAACAGCAGAGCACAUCAAGAGCCAGGCUCAGCACACAGAGAGACAGAUAAAGAUGGAGUUUAAGAAACUUCAGCAGUUCCUAAAAGAUGAAGAGGCAGAUAGGAUCACUGCCCUGAGGGGGGAAGAGGAGCAGAAGAGUCUGAUGAUGAAGGAGAAGAUUGAGAAGAUGACAGAAGAGAUAUCAUCCCUUUCAGAACAAAUCAAAGCCAUAGAACAGGAGCUGGGAGCUGAAGACAUCUCAUUCCUGCAGAGCUACAAAGAUGCCGAGAAACGAGCCCAGUGCACACUGGCGGAUCCAGAGAAGGUCUCAGGAGCGCUGAUUGAUGUGGCCAAGCACCUGGGCAAUCUGAAGUACAGAGUGUGGGAGGAGAUGCUGGGGACUGUUCAAUACACUCCUGUGACUCUGGACCCAAACACAGCACAUCCCAUCCUCUCCCUGUCUGAGGAUCUGACCAGUGUGAGACGCAGUGAUGAGAGUCAGCAGCUUCCUGAUAAUCCAGAGAGAUUUGAUUGGUGGCAGUGUUCUGUGCUGGGAUCUGAGGGAUUCAGCUCAGGGAGACACUGCUGGGAUGUAGAAAUGAGGAAUGAGGGUUACUGGGCGGUGGGUGUGGCUAAAGAGUCCAUCAGCAGGAAAGGGCAUGUGAGUCUGAGCCCAGCAGGAGGAGUGUGGAGUAUACGGCAGUUCUAUGGGAAAUACAAAGCUCUCACCUCCCCACGUACAGCCCUCACUAUGCGGAGGAAACCCCAGAGGGUCAGAGUGCAGCUGGACUGGAACAGGGGGGAGGUGUCAUUCUCUGACCCCAGUGACAACACUCCUCUCUACACUUUUAAACACUCCUUCACUGAGAGAGUGUUUCCAUUCUUCCGUCCUGGUUCUCUGCAGAUCUGUCCACUGAAGGUGUCUGUAAGAGUGUAAUAGUGCUGUGGUUUAUGGGCAAGGAUCAGGUGAACAGACUGCUUCUUUCACCUUUAUUAAUGAGAUAAAAAUAUAUAUUACUAUGUUUUCUUUAAUUAUUUAAAAAAAUAAAGAUCCAUGUCUG